UAAAUGAAAUGUACUGAACUGUGUUUAACUUGGUCAAACUCUCUCUGUAUUGACAAUCUUAUAAUCCAGUGUUAGAAUGAUCUCAAACCAGUCAGAACGAUUUAUAGCGGAUUUAACACACUUCAAGCCACUGUUAGAAUAGGAAUGAAUCUCUGUCGACGAUGUAUACGCUGUUGUCAAUUUUCCUGUUAUCCCCAAACACCUGACGAUGAUGAACCAAAAGCCCAAUUAGUGUUGCAGAAUCCCUUUAUUGGUGUCAGUGAAAAACGAUAUUUAACAGGAAAUGACUUUAUGGAGAUUGAUAUUUAUCAGGCUGUCAACGUCGUGGCACAGAAACCCCAGAUCGACUUUAUACCAAGGCCAGAAUACUUUCCAGAUGAUGAACUACCGUCAUCGGAGGAUAGCGACGACUUCAACCUGGCAAAUGAUUCCAAGCUUCUACAUGCUAGAAGUCUGGAUAAUCUUAUAGUCACAUCAUCCAGUCCCCAAUCUUCUAGGAGUUUCACAAAAUGUCAAUCUUUAACGACUUUAUUUACAGACACAUCGAACAUCCCCACGUGUACAAACCUUACUUUAGACUAUGCAGAAAAUGACGAAAUACUGACAAUCGUAAUUAAUGAAAUUUGUAACAUUCCACCAAAGGGGCAAUACACGUCGAUAUAUUUCACCCUGAAAAUUUUACCCUCUCUGAAGGAAGGUCUCCAGAGUAAGAUGUCCGUGUCGUGUAUAAACGCGGUGUUUAAUGAAGUGUUCCGAAUUAAAAACAUGUCGCUACAAAACCUGAAAAGGUCAACGUUUCGUUUGGCCGUGUUUAAUAAGGAUACAAAGAAAAGGGGUUCUAUCAGUAAAGACACAUUUAUCUGUGAAGGUUUCUUGAAAGGAUCUGACGUCAACUGGUCGUCAACACACACAGAGGAAGUGCAGAUUUUCUUGAAACGGAAAUGGCUGAAGAAGUUCAGUACCUCCAAUAAAUAUCUGGAAUCAGAUUUGGGUGAAUUAUUUGUGUUGUUAGAAUACAGACCAGUUGCCAAUAGAAUGAAAGUUUUAGUGAGAAAAGCUAACAAUUUACCUAAAUCUGAUAAACUUAUUGGACAUCCAGGUCACAGUGUGUUGAUAAAUCUUCGUAAAGGUGAUGACGUCAUAGCAUGUCACGAGACACGUGUACAGGGUGGAUUGAAUGCCGUCUGGAAUCAACCAUUUUUAUUCACAAUACCGAACGAGGACACGGAUUCCUACUCACUGGAAUUUAUUGUCAUGAGGAAUAGGCGUUAUACCAAAGAUGACGUCGUUGGGCACGUGAUUAUUGGAUCAGACAGUCCUAAGAGUGGAAUUGAUCAUUGGACAGAAACAAUGAAACCACGUGGUCUAGAGUGCGCUUUGUGGCAUGACAUUGUUCCCAUAUUUAGGUAUAAAGAAUAGCAUGAAGUUUCCCGGUGUCUGUGAUUCUCCUAAAACGGCGAAUAGCGAACGCCAACAAAAUCAGGAUAAUGCGACUUGAUGAUCGGGAUUCCUUUAUUCCCAGCGUAAAUAAUAAUAAUUAUUUCAUCAGCGUAGAAUUAUUAACACAUAUAAGCGAAUAUUUAAUGAAUUAACACAUAUAAGCGAAUAUUUAAUGAAUUAACACAUAUAUUAAGUAAAUAGAAUAUACAUCAGCACAUGACAUUUCUUUGUUUCAUUGUGAUUUCCCAGCAGUUCUAAUUUUUAUAUAAGAAUAAAAAAUACGCGGGGAAUAAAGGGAUCCUGAUCUUCCAGUCGCAUUAUCCCUAUUUUUUGGGGCGUUCGCCAUUCGCCGUUUUAAGAGAAUCACAGAUACCGGAAGUUUCCUUACCCGCUAACCCUUAGGAAAGAAAUAUCGUCCGGGUGUGCAAAUAAAUAUUUUCAAUAACAGUAACAGUUAUCCUCGAGAAAAAAACCCCCAAAAAACAAAACACGAAGAGAAAACCAAACAACAGCAACACCCGACAAACAAAAAAAAAGAAAAAAAAAAAAAAGAACCAAG